GGUGGCUCCUGGCCGGCCCGGCGCAGGGAGGCAGGGCCGGGCGGCGCACUGCGAGCCGCGCCCGCCGGGGAGCGCUGUUUGCGCGCCGCGCAGAGUCCCGGCCCGGCCCGGCCCGGCCCGGCCCUGCCACCGCGUGCAACUAGUGCCCCCGCCUCCUCCCUGCGCGGCGGUGGAGGACCGGGGCACGGCGAGGGAGGCAGCCCGGCUUUGCCAAGGCGGGUGGGUGGGCUCCCCGCUCGGCGGCCGCCUGCCCGGCAGCAGCGGCAGAGUGCCCGGCCGCGCUCCCGCUCCGCUCACAAGGAUGCUGGGGGGCGAUGCCUGGCGCCAGGGAGGACGAGAUCUGCCAGACCGCGCUGCAGCUGCUGGCCGAGCUCUGCUCCAUCGGCGCCGUGGAGAGCGAGCACUGCCGGGACUUCGUGUACUACCUGCGGGACAGAGCCCGGCCCCGCCUCGCGCACUCGGAUGUCUCAGUAAGCUUGCUAUCCUUAGUUGUCACAGCCUGUGGACUUGCUCUGUUUGGUGUGUCUCUGUUUGUGUCCUGGAAGCUUUGCUGGAUCCCUUGGCGAGAACGUGGCCUGCCUUCUGGAAACAAAGACAAGCAGGAUUCGCUGAACUAUACAGACACAGAAACCAAUGACCAUGAGUAUAGCGAGGAUUACUUGGGACAGCCUACUUCCUACCCAGAGUCCUCCAUGAAAAUUAGCCACACUUCCCCUGAUAUUCCAUUAGAUGCUCAAGCAGGGACCAAGGAGAACUGUGUACACAAUGUCCGAAUGCAUCGCCAAAUUACAGAACCAACUUCUUCUGCUCGGCACAAUUCAAUCCGAAGACAGCUCAACCUUUCAAACCCAGACUUCAACAUCCAGCAGCUUCAAAAACAGGAGCAGCUGACUGGGAUUGGACGUAUUAAACCGGAGCUAUAUAAGCAAAGAUCAGUGGACACUGAUGACGGGCGGCGAAACAACAGCAAAGCCUGUGGGAAGCUCAACUUUAUUUUGAAAUAUGAUUGUGACUUAGAGCAGCUGAUAGUAAAAAUUCACAAAGCUGUCAACCUGCCAGCAAAGGACUUUUCUGGGACUUCAGACCCUUAUGUGAAGAUCUAUUUGCUUCCAGAUAGGAAAACAAAACACCAGACUAAAGUGCACAGAAAAACCCUAAACCCAGUAUUUGAUGAAGUUUUUUUAUUUCCUGUUCCAUACAAUGACCUGACCACAAGGAAGCUCCACUUCUCUGUGUACGACUUUGACAGGUUCUCCAGGCAUGACUUGAUUGGCCAAGUGAUAGUGGAUAAUUUUUUAGAUUUGACAGACUUUCCCAGGGAAUGUAAUAUUUGGAAGGAUAUUGAAUAUGUCACCAAUGACAAUGUGGAUCUUGGUGACCUGAUGUUUUCACUCUGCUACCUUCCAACAGCUGGUAGACUAACUAUUACCAUAAUAAAGGCAAGAAAUUUAAAAGCAAUGGACAUAACAGGAGCAUCAGAUCCUUAUGUGAAGGUUUCUUUAAUGUGUGAAGGAAGGCGACUAAAGAAGAGGAAAACUUCCACUAAGAGGAAUACACUUAAUCCUGUUUACAAUGAAGCCAUAGUCUUUGAUGUCCCUCCGGAAAACAUUGACCAAAUUAACUUGUCGAUAGCUGUUAUGGAUUAUGACCGUGUAGGUCACAAUGAGGUCAUCGGAGUGUGUCAAGUAGGCAACGAUGCAGAAAGCCUAGGGCGAGACCAUUGGAACGAAAUGCUCUCGUAUCCUCGGAAACCCAUUGCUCACUGGCAUCCGCUUGCAGAGGGCCCUAUUCAGCAGAAAUGUUAUGCAGGCCUUCUACGCAUGGAUGGCUGCCGAAGAGGCUUCCUCACCCUUUUAACCUAUUCAGCAGAAAUUUGGCAUUCUUGUUGAACUAUUAGGCAUUUCCUCAGGGGCAUUCUGCAGAGAGUCCAAAGGGGUAAAAAUAUCCUUUUAACCCCUCUAUUUUACCCUUGCUCUCUUCACUUGCUAAGGAAUACUAAUCCUGAUUCAGGAGAUGCAAAAAUUCAUGACAUAGUCAUAUCUUGAUUUCUGAACAUUACAAUAGUUUACUUCUUACUUAGGCAAAUCUAAUGUAAUCCAUGAUAAGACUCUGCUGUUACCUAUGAAUUACUUUUAUUGUAAGAUGCAGCACCUAAAUUCAGAAGGUUAAUCUGGUCACACUAAUUUGUAAAGGUUUGCACAUAUAAAUAUGGUACCCUGUUUUAGCACCUAGCAUAAUAGCUCUCAGUGCAGAAUGCUAGGAAGGAUCAUCUUGCUGAUAUUAACUCUGACCUAACCUGUAAUGCCAGUGAGUUUUGCAGAAAUAUGAUUAUUGGGCACAUUGUAUGUACUAGAAUGAAACUCUACUUAUAUACAAUGAUUGGCAUUUUGCUUGGGUGCAGAUGUCAAAUAUAAGUUUCAGUAGCUAAUUGGCAACUACUGGGGGCUCUAGAAACGGCACAUCUCCAGGACUGGUCACAAUUAGUACUGCUUAAAAGACUACCUUAGAGCUACUGCAGCACAAUCUUCAUGAUAGGGACCUCAAAGUAUUCACUGACUUUGUCUUGCCUGUAGAACUCAACAGGGCCUUUUUAGAACAUGGAUGGUGCCAAUGUCUGUGGCACCCUUAUAUAAGCUUUGCAAAGGUGUAGGAGAUCAUAGCUAUGUAUAGGCAUUACAUUUCUAAGAGGAGAAUUGUCACUUUCCUGAUAUAAAUUACAAGUAUUCAUUCAAUAUCUACUGGGAGAAACAUGCACCUUCCAGAAGAAAGGUUUUCCAGGUGUCAACAUGGUAGAUUUCCCUUGCAAGAGGAACUCCCUUGCAAGAGUGAAUGCUUGUAUGGUUCCCUCCCAGUCUGGAUCCAAGAAGGAGGGGCAGGCAUACCCUCCUUGCCUCUUCCCCAAACCAUGAACUGCAUGGUUUGGGGAAUAAGCUGGGGACUUUGCCUUGCUGCUCCCCUCCCUUCCUGGACUGGUUGGGAAUGGGGGAGGAGCAGCAGCAGUAGGGAUCCUGGUGUUCCCCUAACAAGGAACUGCCAGCUGGAUGACAGGACUGCAAAAUGGGUGGGAACCAGGCUUAAGAGCAGGGGUAACUGGUGCCUCCUGAGUCUGGGUGGGGACACAAUUUGCCGGUGGGUCCAGUGGAGGGCCUGGGGAUGGGCCAAAAGUCAAUAUCCACUCCGAAACUUCUGUGCCACAGCUUAGUCACCAUGCCCCCCCCCCACACACACACACGCACACACACCACCGGCCCACACGGCAAAAAAACUGCCCUGUCCUGAGCAGUGCCAAGUCAGGAGCCAAUCUCAGGAGGGGCACAUGCCCCUCUGGACCUCUGCUACCACUUGCCUUUGCUUAAGAGGCUAUCCCCAAGCACAGUUCUGGCUCUGCUGGCUUUGAAUUUACCAGCCCUGCCACCCAGCUAGGCAGCAUUGUGAAGCUGAGGGACCCCCUGAGCUUGCUUCCCUGUACCCAUAGCAUCAUAAUGGGAGCAGUGAUUUAAAAGCAGAUUGUGGGGAGGAAAUGAGCUUGGGGAGAGUUUCCCUGAGCCUACUUCCUCAUGUCCUUGGCUUCAUGUUGCCGUUCCUGCCACCAGUUGGGCAGAGGCAGCAGUUUAAAAGCCAUCUAGUGACAGAUUUUAACAUCCUAUGUUUAGGGAGCUCCUUACCCCUCACAUGACAUGUUAAAUUGCAGCCCCUUCACUACCUUGCUGAGUAGCAGUGGCAGCAAUGUGAAGCUGGGCAUGCAGGGAAGUUUUGUCUGGACCAGGAGAAGUAGAGUUGCCACUGUUCCCCAUAAUUUCUCCAGAUUAGAAUCACCCUGAUCUGGGGAAGGCAUGGAGAGCAGGGAAGAAGGGACAGGUGCAGGAUAAAUGCUUAUACUGCUUCCUCUCCCUGAAAGAUUUCUAGUGGUGGAAAUUUCUCAGAAUGUUCCACCGCUAGAAAUAAAUGCCUGUUCAAGACCUAUCACCCCAUGAAUAAGUCCAAGCAAUGUUGAGCACACAAAAUUGUAUCCUCAUUGAGAAGAUGAAAACUGGUUAAAGCCUUAUUCCUUGUUAUCAGUGGCAUUUUAUACCUUUUCAGCUUUGUAUACCUUUUCAGAAGAGGCAAGAACAAAAUAAUGCUUUGUUCUGAUUGGGGGUUGAAAACAGAUCACCUAACUCUUAACUGUAGACAAGUAAUGAUUGUAGUGACUUGAUAAAAGAGGUGACCCACAAUAGCCCAGAGCCUGGAAAAUGUCUAUUAGCAGAGGUUGUCCAGGCUAUUAUAUACAGCUUGAGUUUCCCUGUUGAGCAUGAUGGGCUGCACUGGUAUUGAAAUUAGAGUCUGACAUGCCUACCCCUUCUAUAGACAUCACUAUUCUCUCAGUACAUGUUCAUCUGAGUCAUUAAUAUGGGUCAUUUUACAUGUAUCUGGAUUAAUAAGAUGCAGGUUUCUGUAAUUCUCAGGAAUCAAGUGUGUCCAAGAUAUGAUGAGAUAUACGUACAUAUACCAUCAUAAUUUUGGUCCUUGAAUCAGGAUUACACCCACUGAUUGCCGAGCUGUUGAAACUUAUGUAGCCUCUGUGGCUAGUGCCCUAGGAUACUGAAUAUUUGCUGAAUAGAACCCUCAGUUUUCAACAAUGUGAAGAGUCAAUUGCUUAACUAGUCUGUUAUCCACUUGUAAAAGUAAACCCUGGUUGGCCUCUGUUGUUCCCUAUGAAUUACUUGUAUGGUUAUGAGCAUUGCUCAGAUUUAGAAGGCAAGCCAUUUUCGUGCCUCUUUCAUGGGAUCAUGGAGGUAGCUUGGUUGUAACAAUUAAUAUCAUAACUCUGGAAACCACCAAGCAUGGGGCACUUCUAGUGAAGUGUAGCAACCAACCUGAUUCUUAUAGUCAAUAGAUUUCUAGAGAAAGAGAGAAUAUUAUAAUGGAUAUACUUACAAAUCAAUUUAUUUAAGAAUUAGAUCAUCCAACAUUUAUGGUACUGUCAUGGCUACAAGCCCCAGUCAGGACUGGUGUCUCUUCUUCUCUCUUCAGGGCUAACACGGUUCCUGCCUAAAGGUCAUUAACGUCUAAGAAAAUUAGAAUAAGCUACUCUUGAUUAGGUGAGAAGAAAAUGCAUCUGUCAAUCUUAGGUGACAGUAUAAUCUUUCAGAAAGUUGUAUAAAAAUGGAAUGGUUUGAGUAUUAUGUAAAUUGUAAAACCUCAUUACUCUUUACAGAUGAAUUUCCAACAGCUGUUUCUUAAUUAAAUACGUAACACUAAAAAGGGACAAGCAUACCACAGAUGGCUAUGCUGUAAACAUUCUCUCUCCUUAAUACGCCAACACACCGUGUUGUGUAGUAUGAAAAUAAUUUUCUAAGACAUACUGUGUAUAAAAAAACUCUCUCUGAUAUGCACAAAAAAUAAUUGGGGGGGGAUCUUAAUUAGAUGAAAUGGGGGAGAUCUUAAUUAGAUGAAACUAUGUGGCAACUGAUGACUAAUACCAGACAUUUAAAAAGUGAUCACAGUACCUGCCAGAUGCAGGCCAGGACAUAUACAACAUAGAACAAGAACCACUGGACUAAAAUAACCUUUCACUAAAGGUUCAAUUGUUAAUGCAACUUCCUGCCUCAAAUCCUUCCAGGUCAGUUUAAUUUCAAGCAUUUAAUAAAGAUCAGUAGGAGAAGUCUCACCUAAGUUAGGAGUACAAGAUUUGUCUAUUAAGGAGAACUCCUUUAAUUUCCUGGACAAUCAGUUUGUGUGUCCCGUCUUGGAAUGCAAAGUAGAUGCCUGCAUAAUUUUCUAAUUUAACUACUGUUCCCAGUGCAAUGCCAGGAUUAGUUACAGCAGUGGAAGGGGAUGCAGCAGUGGAAAGGGAUGCUUGUGAUGCAGGUUGUCCCUCUUUCGAUGGAUGUAGGAGUCUUCACAGAACUCCUUCACCGCCAGCAUUUUAUAGGGGCAGUGUCAACAUAAAUGUCAUAUAUUCAAUGCUACCUAAUUUUGCAAUUUUACUGCCAGUCUCAGAAUGGUUGGUGUUUACUUAAGGCCCUGGUUGCUGGUAUCAAGAGACUGAAGAAUCUCAGCUUUAUUAAAGAAGAAACUUAAAUUUAAAGACAAUAUAUGACCCCAGUGUACCAUAAAAGCUCAGGACUCAGAAGAUGAAGAAAAAGAACCCAACAUAUAUGAUUUUUUUUAAUAAUCUUCCACUUGGUAUUUGAAUUGUGAGCCUUUGGGGAUGGCAGUACUGUAUAUAUAUUUUUAAAUGCCCAAGAUAGGUUAACACAACCACCCAACUCUUCAGGACAUGGUUAACUUUCUUUCCAGGUUUAUAUGUUCUGUCUACCUUUGUACUUCACUGAGCUUAGACAGUUAGAUUCACUAGGCUAGGCAAUUUCAUAUUCCACACUAGCCCAAUGCUACAGUGGUUUUCCGAUACCACAGGGUAGCAUUACAGUGGCAGGAUGGAAAGCAACCACUGCUAUAUUCUACUAUAAAACUAACAGGAGACUUGGGAUGGGCUACCUUUGACCCUACUGCAGCCCCCCUUCCCUUUCUGAGUCAGACUUCUCCAACAGCAGGUGCAGUAAUAUCCAAAAACAUUUUGUCAACAGGGGAAACCAUCUAUAGAUAUAUUCCCACAAUUUUUUUCACAUUACCACUGCUUGAGGUUAUGCUGAACCCUGUACUGUGCUACCUAUUUAGUCAAUAUUGUUUUCUGAAACAAAGCAAAACAUUUACUAUAUACAUUUAAUAUAAGUGCAUUUACUAAGAGCCAAUGGGCAAAAGCUGAUUCAGGUUUUGCCAUCAAGUUCAAUGGGACCAAGAUUUUACCCACUGCUUCAUUUUCCUACUAUAAAGCACAAUUAUUUAAAGUGGAAGACAAAUAAGUAUCUGAGUUCCUUCAGAUUGAGGCUGUUGCAGGCUAGGUAGAAAAUUGUGGAAAUCCAUUGAUAAAAUACUGAUAGCACAUCACUGCUGCAGGAGAAUGUUAAAAUACUUUUUUAAAAACAUCUGGUUAUUAUUUGGUUUUAUAAAAAACUUUUUUUUUUGUAAAUAAAACUUAAAUUUGGGCUUUGAACAGACAGAUGCACAUAAACCUUCAUAUCCAGGGCCCUCUGGUGCUUCCAGGGGAGAAACAGAAGACACACAUCUCAAGCUGAUGAUAAAUAUAUUACCAGUCUAUAUGCAUUUCAGCAUUCUUUUACAGCUCAUCUAAGCAGCAAUCAUGAAAGAGGUAAUGACAGCCUGCUAUACACUGAUCUGAACUCAUUCUCACUUACAAAGUUAGAAGGAGUUUGAUUGGUUUUAGUGGAGGUUGGAGGCAAUAAAAGAUAACAGCUCAAAUGUGAGCUAAAUACACGGUAACAGAGACCUAGGGCACAGGAAAUGAGGGUUAAUUUUCAGCCUUUUUGUUUUGUGGGUAACACUGAUAAAAGACCAGAUAUCUUCAAGGGAAUUUAGAAGACAUUUUAAAAUUCAAUAUUACCUAUCACUGUAUUAUCACUGAAGUCACACAAACCAAGAGGUAUUAUAGAUGUAUUUCACACUUAUGUCACUUGGCAGUAUUAACAUAUUAAUGGAAUCAUUUUGCCAUAAAAAGCAAAAACUACAGGAAACUCUUAAGCUUAAAGAAUCAGCUGACAGAAAAGGGGAAUCUUUUAAAAAUAUAUUUUGUUUGACCUACUUAGAAAUAGAAGAGUGUAAUUUCAGGUAUUGUUUAUACACACAUUUCAACUAGGGUGGAAAAAAAAAUUUUAAACCUUAAAUUCGGCAGAGACAACCUGAAAUGUCCUCAAUUAAAUGUUCUUUCCUUCUGUGUAGCACAAUGCAUUGUAAAAUGACUACACCUCAGAAUCAAAUGGGAAAACAGUGGCAUUGUAAUUUAUAAGAAAAUAUAUAUAGCAAAAGCAAUCUGUAAAACAGAAGAAUUUGAUAAAAAGCACUUGUGCUGGAAAAAACCAGCACCAGAGCAGCUUUUGUAACAGAUGCUUAGAGAGAGUCUGCUUCACUUUGAUUCCUGCUGUAACAAACGAAGGUUCUUGCUUGCACCAUAAUUCUGUUCUGAAGUGACAAGCCUUACAGCAUCUGAACCAAGCUGUGCAAAUGUGAAUUAUACUUUAAGUGGAACUGUGCAUUCAGUGCUGAAUAGCUACAAGAACUGAAUUAAAAGGUAAUUUCUAAUACAGUGGGUUGGGCAAGGAACUACAGUUGGAAGCACUCCAGGGUCCUGCAAUUCUCUGAAAGGACCUCCCUCUCCUUGAAGGCACGUGAAAUGUACAAAUCCAAAUGGCAGUGAUGGACCUCACUCAGGAAGGAUAACUUCAGGAAUACCCAUCCCAGCUACUAAGUGUAACAGCCCUGGUGCAGACAGGAAGAACACAAGAGGGGACUGGAAGCAUCCAGGUUGUUCGUUUUCCAUUUUUCUGGUUUUUUCAGUUCCUCUUAUCCUUUGGCCAAACUUAGGCAUCCCUAAAACUGGAAUUUUUUUUUCAGCUGCAUGCUGGACAGUUGUCAUUCUUUUCUUUUUUAACACUCAUUGCAAAGGUGUAUAAAAAGAACUGUGUUGUUUUGAUAUAACUUUGAUUUUACUACACAUGAACAUUGUAUUAUACUUUACUCUUUCUUGUUCAAUGAGUAGUCCUGGUAUAUCUGUGUUUCAUGUCUAAUUUUGGAGAGUAGAGUCACAUCUUUAUCCGGAAUCUCUCCGUUAGGUGGACUUUAUCUUUGUUCAGUAGAGGUAAUGCAUGAUUCUUUUGCAGUAAUGGUUGAGGGAUAAAAUAAAUGCAUUUAAAUUUCUUAAUUUUAUAAAAAAAUAUAACAUUCUUCUAAACACCAGUAAAAUGUACUGUGAUUUAUUUAUAUAGAUCUAGUCUAUACAAAUAAUUUGUUCUUAAUAAAAUGAUGUAAGAAAUUGUGAAUUGUAAUUUAUUCCUAUUUUGUAUUUUAAUAUAUUAAAGUUUAAGUAAAUGUUUAAAGAACUCACAACUAAUGCUCUAGAUAUGUUUUAACUUGAUGUUUCUUGAUAGGUGUUGUGCUAAUUUUGAUGGAAUAAAUGAGCUCAGAGUGUCAAAGGA